CAUUAUUUUAUUUCUCAGCUUACUGUUCAUUACUAGCCAUUGGUCAGUGUAAAACAACAAAAAACCAACAAGGACCUGAAACUAAAGGAAAAGCAAAAUAAGAAGCAAUGAUAACAAUAAAUUGUAUAAUCCUCUAACAAUAAAAGGAUGAGAGUUAAAUGCAGUGUUGAAGGAAGUGAAUCAAGUUUACGAAUCAACAAUUACAUUAUACAAGAUGCGAUUUAAUGAUGAUAUUGAUAAACAGCCUUUUCGGAUGACACCAAUGAUGAGUCCAAUGGUAAUACAAAUAAAUACAAAUAAGGUUAAGACGGUGAUGAUAAGGAAAGAAUUAAAGAUCAACCAGAAGAAGGCGAAGGUUUAAGAUGAGUUUAGGUUUUCUUUUGAUUCAAAUUGUCUUUUGAUUGUUGUUCAAUAGUAAGGGUAAAAGUUAUUACGUUGAGGGUUAAGGCCGUUAAAUCAGGAAAUAAAAAUGGUAAUAACAGUUUCCGAUGAUAUAUCAAUUGAUUUGCUUGGUUAUAUCAAUGCAUUUCUAUGGCCAUCUCAAUUGCUCCAAUUGUGAUCACCUUUUGUCAUCUGGUCUGAUUCUCAUCCAUAGGAGUCAAGGCUUAAGAAUGAUGAUGAUAGUGAUGAUGAAGAUGAUAAAAGGGAAAGACAGGGAUGACACCGAAUAUACAUGAACUAACUAACACGUCAAACCAACACACAGAGAGACACUUCGAUUUUGAGUGAGUACGAAUGAACCUCUUGGGAAUUAGAUUUGCCCUUUAGUUUAAUCAUUGUUCAUGAGCGGGUUAAUCAUGAGAAAAUAUCAAAUCUUGAGAAAAUUUUAUUCCCUACAAUUUAGAGGAUAACUCACCGAGAAUCAAACAAAAUUAGCUGUAACGUGUUAAACUGUUGAUUGUGUAAUUAUAAUUUGCCUUUUGCUCCAAACAUUUUCACAUUUUUAAUUUCAACAAUUGUUUCCAUUCGUCUUUGGUAUUUUCAAAGUUUACCGAUUAAACUUUUCUCACCUCUAAGUUGUUUUGGUCCAGCAAUUUGUUUUUAUUUAUAUCAAUUUAUCAGCCAACGGAAAGUUUAUCUACUAUUUAUUAGUUUACGAGUCCCAUUCAAAUAAUUCAAUAUUGGUAUUAUUAAUCAUAUGAUACCAGCUUCAGCCAAGAUGGAAGAUUUGAGAAAAGACGAUGGACUCAAAACAUUGAUCAACUUGGCUCCUUUUGUAACUUCACUGCCAGCCUUUUCAUUCCUAUUUAAUGCACCUCAAACUGCCCAUGCAUCGACCUCUUCCUCUUCACCCUCUUCCUCUUCCUCUUCAUCGUUCUCACCAACGGCAACAACUAAUUUGUUCUCAUCAUCAUUGGCCUCAACCAAUGGAAUCAAUCAACUUGGUGGAACAUUUUCCAACGGUAAACCUUUGCCUUUCCACAUAAGACUCAGAAUUUUGGAGCUAGCUGUUUGUGGCUAUCGUCCUUGUGAUAUAUCGCGACAGUUGUUAGUUUCUCAUGGCUGUGUGUCCAAAAUACUGGCCAAAUUCGCAGAAACUGGAUCCAUCAUGCCUGGUGCCAUUGGUGGAAGUAAACCCCGUGUGUCCACUCCGUUGGUCAAAAGAAAGAUAAAAGAAUACAAAGACUCAAAUAAUUCCUUGUUUGCCUGGGAAAUACGAGAUAAAUUACUUCAAGAUGGAAUCUGCUCCAAAGAAUCAUUACCUAGUAUCUCAUCUAUUAAUCGCAUUUUACGGCAAUCUUAUGGUAAACAUAGACCAACCAAAAUUACUUGCGGACGAUCUCUCACAACUGUUGCAACUCCCUUAAUUGAUCGACCCGGUCAUCAUCCGAGUAAAACGACUUCACCUUCAAAAUCAUCUUUCCUUAUUCGAGAUAUUCUUGGAUAAUCGUAAUGCGUACUUUUAUUCAUGAGGAAUUGAAUUUGUUUACUUGCACAUUAUCAAAUGAUCUUUGUACCUGGGUAAAAGGCCUGGGGUUAAAACCACUUUAUUGAACGUGUUUUUUGCUCCAAGUUAUUAAUAAAUUAUUGCAAUAAAUUAUGAUGAUUAAAACCAA